GUGGAGCAGAAAAUAGCCGCCCGUGUCGGCCGUCUUCAGGCAGAGCUGGAGAGGAAGAGCUCCGAGCUGGAGCGGGCCAAGCAAGAGAGCGAGCGGCUGAGCCAGGAGAAACAAGACCUGGAGGACAAGGCCUCGGAGCUCUCUCGCCAGGUGGACGUGUCGGUGGAAAUGCUCGCAAACCUCAAACAGGAUCUGGUGAACAAGGAGGCGGAGCUCAACCACAAACAGCAGGAGGUUGCCCAGAUUGACCAGUUCCUUCAGGAGACGGCAGCGCGGGAAGCCAACGCCAAGGUGCGUCUGCAGCAGUUCAUCGAGGAGCUGCUGGACCGAGCCGACCGCGCCGAAAAACAGCUGCAGAUCAUCAGCAGCUGCGGCACAACACCGAACGGGAGCCUGGGACGCUGCAGCCUUCAGGCCUCGAAGGGCAAUGGAUGCCAGAGAAAUUCCAGCCUCUCUGGAAGCACAAGAGGCAUGUACCAGGUAUCAGACCGACGUUCGUCCCCCAGCACAGGGGCAUCAGGGCGGAUCAAGUCCGUGUCACAGGGAUCUGGUGGUUAUGACAGUGACAGCGUCGAGAUGCAUCCCAUGGAGGACUGUACCGAGGCUCAGUACUAUCACAUGCAGUGUCGGCUGGGUGAGGGCGGUUACGAGCGCUCCCCCGGAUGCGGCUCGAGGAACUGGGGUCUCCGUAAACAGGCGAUCCAGAACUGGCAGCGGCGACCUUACAGGAACAGCACGGAAGGCGAUGAGGGAGACGUGUCAGACGUGGGCUCCAGGACAACGGAGUCCGAGGUGGAGAUGUGGGAACAGGAGAGGAGAGCCGUGGCUGAGGUACAGCAGUCUGCUGCGCCCUAUCCCCACCACGGCAGGGCAGGAUACCGCCCUAACAUAGGUCGGUCAGAAGGAGUGUACAGCAAACCGUGUCGCCAUGAAAAGAGCCCGUCCAAAUCCAACGAGGUGAUCAGUCCGGAGAUCCUGAAGAUGCGUGCGGCUCUCUUCUGCAUCUUCACUUACCUGGACACUAAAACCCUGCUGAGAGCUGCGGAGGUCUGCCGGGACUGGAAGUUUGUGGCUCGUCACCCGGCCGUGUGGACCAGAGUGCUCCUGGAGAACGCUCGCAUUUCUUCCAAGUUUCUGAGCACGCUGUCUCAGUGGUGCACUCAGACACACUCCCUCAUCCUGCAAAACCUCAAACCGCGACAGCGAGGCAAGAAGGAAACCAAGGAGGACUACCUUAAAAGCACACGUGGCUGUCUGGAGGAGGGUCUGGAGGCGCUGCUAAAGGCCACAGGAAGCAACCUGCUGAUACUGAAGAUUUCCCACUGCCCCAACCUGCUGACGGAUCGCUCCCUGUGGCUGGCCAGCUGCUACUGUCGAGCUCUGCAGGCUGUCACCUACAGGAGUGCCACAGACCCAGUUGGUCAAGAGGUGAUCUGGGCCCUCGGAGCAGGUUGUAGAGACAUCAUCUCCCUACAGGUGGCACCACUACACCCAUGCCAACAACCAGCUCGUUUCAGUAACCGAUGUCUGCAGACCAUCGGAAGAUGUUGGCCACACCUCCGUGCUCUUGGUGUGGGAGGGGCCGGAUGUGGCAUUCAGGGUUUGGCUUCACUGGCGAGGAACUGCAUGCGUCUGCAGGUGCUGGAGUUGGACCAUGUGAGUGAGAUCAACCAGGAGGUGGCAGCAGAGGUUUGCAGAGAAGGCCUGAAGGGCCUGGAGAUGCUGGUGCUCACAUCUACACCGGUCACACCGAAAGCCCUGCUCCACUUCAACAGUGUUUGCCGCAACCUGAAGUCCAUCGUGGUGCAGAUCGGUAUAGAAGACUACUUUGAGGACCCCAACAGUCCUGAAGCUAGAAAACUGUUUGAUGAGAUGGUGAACAAGCUGCAGGCUCUGAAGAAGAGACCUGGCUUCUCCAAAAUCCUCCACGUAAAAGCAGACAGUCUCUGCUAACGUCUUUUGCUCAGACUCUUCUUCGUCUUGGUGAGGCGCCAUCUUGGCUCCAGUCAGUCAGAAAGACCCAGCUGUUUUGAGGCCACUCGGGGCUGACUGUGUCCGCAGCACCGACAGAAACCAAACACACAGCAUGAUGGACCAGAACCGAGGCUCAAUGUAAAAACUUGACACAGAAACAUCUAAUUUAUUAUUUCAGUAGUGGGAAUCGACGUCUCCUUAAUAUUGGUUUUGACAGAAAAGAUCAGGAGGCGUAUUUGGACACUAUACAUAUAAGAUAAAGGGCCUCACAUUCAAACAACAACACAAGAUCCCUGUUUCUCAGUCGAGUUUUUGCAUUCACCAUAAAAAUGGAUCACGACGUUGCACAAAGCCCAGACCCCCUUUUUCUGAAACCGCCUGGAGCUGGGUGACAGCGCUGUAUUUAUCUGUUUGCAUCUACAUAACGCUUGAUGUAAAAUAUUAACCUGAGACGACCUUCAGCUCAUUAUACAGCAAACACAUUCACCGCAGAGAAGAACAACACAUGAUGGCAGGUUUAAGCGAAUUCAUUUGCUCUAAAGAUCUUCAAUGAUGAGAGUCUUGAAACAGGAGCUUCAGGUUUUGUGUGCGUGUGGACGAGUGAAUGUUGAUACAGACGAGCCAAGAAUCGAACAUGUGGUUUUCAUCCAGUUUUUCAUUGCACAACUGUUCGUCGAAACCUGGCGAAACGUGCUGCACCAGCUCCAGGCACAAUGGCGGACGGCCUCAACCGUCACACACAGACCUUCUAUACAGUCUCAAAGCCUCUGCAUGGCGAUGAUGCCUUUUGCCUCUUCUACUGUCCUCUGCUUCCUCGUGUGAACAGGAUCAUGUCACAAACCUGGACAUCCUUUUUAUUUUAAAUCACUGUGGAAUCUGUGAUCUGAGAGAACAAGCCAGGGAAAAUGGUCCACAAUGCAUUUCUCUCUAAAACCAGUGCCAUUUGGAAUGAUGUCUGUCUUCAGUCCCAGUGAGCGUCUUCUCCAAUGUGCCAUUAGUGAGGGGAGAAGAAGAGCGAUGAGCGCAAGCAGCUCUCUCUGGGUGUUUAGUUUCAUGUGAACAUGGUCUCCAAGUGUUGUUGUUGUGUUUGUAUAUCAUGAAGGUUUCAUACUUAUCAUACUGGAUUGUGCCAUUCCUCCUCAUAGGGCUUAUCAUGGCUGAGCCCAUGUAUUUAUUCAUCAGCUAACACCCUCUGGCGCCCUCUGCUGGUGUUGCCAGACAGUUACAGAGCUGACAGACCGCUGGUGUAGUGUGACAUUUGUUCCAUUUGCAGCUUUUAACAAGUAUCAUCUUUGCUGUUUUGGAGAUCUCCAAGUCUCCAAUGUCAUCUUCAAGGUCACAGUUUAGUUCAGUGUGCAAAUUCAGAAUAAGUAUGAGUAGCAAUACUUUACAGCGGUGAAACAGAGUGUGCACGCCUCUGUGUUAAUUUAAAGGGGUGCUCCAACUAUUUCACACACAAAAAUGAAAUAAGUUGUGAUGGUUACAACUCAGCCUGUCAUGAAGCUGUAUAAUGUCUGUGGCUCUGAGAAUAAUCUAAUUAAGAUUAUCUAAAAUCAAUCCCUGAGUUUAGACAACUAUUGUCUAAUGCGAAUUAGCCUCUGGGGGCAACGGCCACUUCUUUUGGGCUUCUGGUGUAGAGAGCAGAUAUCUGGGCCAAGACUCUAUCUUCUGUUCACCGUACACUGUUUAUAGUCCGACAAGUCCUUUAUCUCACGAGUUGAACAUUUCUCAACACAAACUUUUUGAGGUGUUUUUGGUCCAGAUAAUAUUUUGGCUAAUCUCUAAAAACGGCUGUAAUGCAGAUAAAAUAAAAAGCAGAUAGCAGAUGUAUUUUGGUCUCUGUUUAGCUCAGGCAACCAGAGCCUGCUCAAAUGUGAUUGAAACCAGAGGGCUUCUCGCCCCCAAAUCUUAUCCAUAGCCUAUAGAUUCUACAUUUUCACACAUGCAGAAUCUGUUACUAGAGAUUAUUUUAGAGUGGAGAUUAUACAUUUACACAAAUUAUAAAUGUACUUGCACAGUUAGUGUGGAGUUUGAAAGAUGUGGAUGUUUACAAGGCAGAGAAGGAAAAAGAUAUAUAGGGAAGGAUAAGGUCAAGUGUUUUUGGAGUUUGGCCUUCUGCUGCAUUGAUCUCUCUCUCUCUCUCUCUCUCUCUCGUGCAAUACUAAGUCACUCCUUAAAAUUCCAAGAAAUCCUGCUCUCAGUUGUGAAAUAGGUUUGCAAACGAGUCGAACAUCACACAUAAUAACAAGUUGUUAUUUUACCGCCUGGUUUGUCUCUGCAACAGAUCUUAACAUUCAUGGGAGGAGUGUGUGAGCGAGGUGACAGUUUUUAUGAAUACUGAGCAAGGGUUCAUCGUUUUCGUCUGCUGCCUUUUGGUCUCUACACCAUAGUCGGCAGUGUUUAUGGGGACUUGUGUAGCUGCAUAUUGUAGAGAAGAUGUUUCAGGUCAAUAUGUGAAACAGUCGUGGGACGUCCAUUUCUUCAUGUUCUUCCAGUAAACUGCAUAUUAAUAUUAAUAUCCUACACUGGUUCUGAUUAUCUGCUCGGUUCUGUGGAGGAUUAUUGGGAAAGGUAUAAAAACGACACAGUAGAGAUGAAACAAAAAGCACUUGUUGAUUUUGAGUUUUAGACAAUCCUGCCUUCGCUAUCAGCUACUCUGUACAUAAUGUUUGUAAAGAAAAGAAAAGAAAAUCACCAAAAACAAGAAAAAAAAAAAGGACCAACAUUUGAUGUUGUAUAAUAUUAAGGUCAUAAUAUGAGUGGAAAACGUCGACGUUUACAGGUCUUCAUUCUGUAAGCAUUUUCUCUCCAAAGCCGAAUGAAAGCAACAUAGAGAAUUAUAUUAUGUAUAACAGUAGUGUUGAAAUUGAAGUUGUGUAUUAGAUACUUUAUAUAAAAUGUGCAUCAGAGUCAUAUACAGAUGGAAAUUAUUUAAGAAGAGGAUUAAGAUGAUAAUUCCGCUAUUUAUUUCUAUAUAAAAAAGAGCGAUGUGUAUAAUGUUGGCAUGUUUGUGUUCGAGCAUCAAUCAUUAAGUUGCCUUCUUAACUGUUCCGCUACUGUGGCAAGAAAAUUAUUCGAUGUUUAUAGAGCUUUGAUUGCCUGCAGGUUAAUAACGUUUCUGUUUAUUUGAUCCAGUCUGUUGUUGCACUAGUGAGAAAAAAAAAGAUAUUUCAGAUGUUUAUUAUAAGAGUGUUGUUUUUAAUGUUUAGCUAUUUCUCAGUAUUUGACAAAAUAUGAUGCACUUUUUUCCUGAGCGCUUUUAUUGGAAACUUUUUUUUUCUGUGAAGGUGUAGAAUGAAAAACGAACUGUUCACUUACAUGUCGGGGAAGAUUUGGGAAAUGCAGUGACGAUGUGUGAACUUAACGUACAGUUUUCCUCUUUUCUCUCACGCCAUCUCUCAUGACUCUAUCGGUUGGAAAGUUACAAAGAUUGAAUCUGAUUCAACUACAUGCAAGUGCUUUCGAGGAUCAUUGCCAAUAUGACCUUAUUGUCACCUUUGUGUUUAUUUCAUACCAACACUACAUGAACUUGUUUGUGAAAAUGGACCUGCUGAUGAUGUUGCAGAGCCACGUGCGCUCUGGAACUGCAGACUAGAGGUGCCAAGUACGCCGGAAUCAUUCCUCCGGCUUACGUCUUGAUUCCUGUCUCUCCAAAUGUCAACCUGACUCAUUUCUAAGUUAAUUUAUUGAUUCAGUCUGAAGCAUCGUCUGUGUAUUUAAGUAUUUAAUUUUCAAAUCAAACUUGGUUGCAAUGACACAAAUUCAUUAUUCUGUGCAACUGAGUGUUCGUUUACCUCUGUGCAUAUUUUACGUAUGAAUGAUUGUACUCAUGCCCGUUCAUCUGAAUAGUAUUUUACACAUUACCUCAACACUUAUCUGGGCAAUUAAGUGUGCAGUUUGUCUUUAUAAUUGUUUAUUUUUGUCGACCAUCACCAGGUCUGCCAAUGGAUCCAUGAACUUCAUCCUUAUUGCUGAAAAAAAAACUUUCCCAAAAGAUGAUC